CAGUGGGCUGGGACAUGCGGAGCCACUGGAGCGCGCGGGGUUCGGGCAGAGCCACUGAGGUGUGGGGGUUCAAGCUGUGCAUGGAGAGCCUUAGCGGGGAGAACAAGCAAGUUUUUAGCAAGCAUCUAACCAGGGAUUUCACCAGGAGCUGUUGCUGCCUUGCUUUGGAGGAGAGACUAUUGCAGGUGACUCUGGAGCUGGGAGAAGCUGCAGAGGGAGGAAACCAGCUGAGGAGGACAUGGCAAGCGGUAACUCAAGAGGAGAAAGUGUUUUCUCCCUGGGACCUGGAUGGGAGCAUGGAGAUAGAAACUGGGCUCAAUAGUUCAGAGGAAAGAGGAAGGAAGGAGUGGGAACUAAGACAGCCUUGAAAGUACCAGCAGCAGGAUAGUGAAUACAAAUGAAUGGGAGGGAGACUGCAGCAGGUGAGGAAGUUCUCAUUAAGGAGAGCUUAAUGAGACAAUAAAAGCCUCUGGGAAGCCUAAUGGUCCCCCUGCCUCUCCUCUGGUGAGACUUUCCUGAAGUGCCCCUUUCCCUACAGACACUGCUGGGUCUGCUGGCAAAGGCCAGAUGGUACCACGGGAACCAGUGGGGAUGGAGAGGAUCAGCCACAGCGAUGGAGGUGCCCGGAGCAGCGUGGCAGCCGCCCGUCCGUCCCUCUCACAGGGCUGCAGGCAUGGGAGCUCCGAAACAUGGCACCCUGAGGACAUCCACUGCUUUUAUUCCACAUGGACUUUGCACUGGGGCUCUCCCAAUGCUGGCAAAGGUCUUUUUUGGAGAAUUAUUAAUCUCAAAGAAUGACAGCAGCUGCUUCUGCAAGUGGAUUCGUUGUGCAAGAGGUCAUUAUUUACAGCUGCCAGCUUUAUUGAACUCUUCCUUUGGUUUCAUCCCUAUUUCCUUUUAGAAGUGGAAAAACAACUUAGGGUUGAUGUUUUGUGUGUCAUCAACUGAAAUUGGGGCCAUCAUGAAUAUCACCAAGGGUGGGCUGGUGCUGUUUUCAGCUAAUUCCAAUUCGUCCUGCAUGGAACUGUCCAAGAGGAUUGCUGAGCGCCUGGGAGUUGAGAUGGGGAAGGUUCAGGUUUAUCAGGAGCCAAACAGAGAAACAAGAGUGCAGAUUCAGGAGUCUGUGAGAGGAAAGGAUGUAUUUAUCAUCCAAACAGUUUCAAAGGAUGUGAAUACUACGAUCAUGGAGCUCCUGAUCAUGGUGUAUGCCUGUAAAACCUCCUGUGCCAAAAGCAUUAUUGGAGUGAUCCCUUACUUCCCAUACAGCAAACAGUGCAAGAUGAGGAAAAGGGGCUCCAUUGUCUCUAAGUUACUGGCCUCAAUGAUGUGCAAAGCUGGACUAACUCAUCUUAUUACCAUGGAUCUACAUCAGAAGGAAAUUCAGGGCUUCUUCAACAUUCCAGUUGAUAACUUGAGAGCAUCCCCGUUUUUACUACAGUACAUCCAAGAAGAGAUACCAGACUACAGGAAUGCUGUAAUUGUGGCCAAAUCUCCUGCGUCUGCAAAGAGGGCACAGUCGUUCGCUGAGCGCCUGCGGUUGGGAAUCGCUGUGAUCCACGGGGAAGCUCAGGAUGCCGAGUCUGACAUGGUGGAUGGUCGGCACUCCCCACCUACAGCCAAAUAUGUAGCUGCUAUUCACCCCAGUUUGGAGAUCCCCAUGCUGAUUCCCAAGGAAAAGCCACCCAUCACAGUUGUUGGAGAUGUGGGAGGAAGAAUAGCUAUCAUUGUGGAUGACAUCAUCGAUGAUGUCGACAGCUUCCUGGCUGCGGCCGAGACCCUCAAGGAGAGGGGGGCUUACAAGAUCUUUGUCAUGGCCACCCACGGCCUCUUGUCUUCAGACGCUCCCCGGCUCAUCGAGGAGUCUGCCAUCGAUGAAGUGGUUGUUACAAACACAAUUCCACAUGAAAUACAGAAACUCCAGUGCCCUAAAAUCAAGACUGUGGAUAUCAGCAUGAUCCUCUCGGAAGCCAUUCGCAGGAUCCACAACGGGGAGUCCAUGUCGUACCUUUUCAGGAAUAUAGGACUGGAUGAUUAAUGCCUCUUACUCUAAAGAAACACCCCGGGCCAAACUGGAAGCGAACAGAGAACGAGCUGUGAAGCAUCGUGCUUUACCUUAAUCUUUCCGUUGAGCCACUUCUUGUUUUCUCUUGGUUUAAGUAUUGAUGUAGAACAGUUUUUGAGAGCUUUUUUUUUUUUUUUCUUUGCAGGUUUUUUUUUUUUGGGGGGGGGAUGGGUGGGAAUAAACAUUUUACAAAAAACUGUUCUAGUUGCUUUUAGGUUAGUUGCACUAUACACGAUGGAAAAAUCCCACAAAACACUUGAGGCAAGAAAUUGGCUUCUGAAUUAAGCAUUCCUUUUCCAAAGCUGCUUGCUACAAGUGCUUUAAAUGAUAACAAAAUGAAGUGACUGUAUAAUAUUUGCAUUUUAAAAGCCAAAAAGGUUGUACUGUUGUAUGCAGUUCAGUGAUUUUGUAGGAGUGCUUUUAUAGAAAAGCAUAUGGAAUAUGCACCUGUAUUUAUUUUCUGCGACAAAGAAUAAAGACUUGUUUUGUGUGAGCUUUCUAAAAA